UUCAGACCACAUGGCGAUAUUCCAAACAACCGUAAAAGUUUAUUUGGUUACUUAUUACCAGGAAAAAUGCAACUUGUGGCCUUGAGCUCGACCGAGCAGUUCGGCUCAGAUCAACUUUCCUUCCACACAAGUGCGAGGACCUACUCUUCCAGAGGGUCACAAUCCCGGCCAGAGUUUCAAGCGGAGCUCGGCGGUGCGUCCGAAGGCGAGGGGUACACCAACUGGGUCUACUAUCACAAACCCGUAACUGUCUUCGUCAUUGGAGUUUUCGCCUUGCUGGCCGGCGUCAUCCUCACUAUCCUGUACUUCAUUCGACUGGUCGAGGUCCCUUACGUCCUUGGGCCAGUUUGCCUCUCCAUUGGAUUGAUGUUCAUGGUUACCGGUCUCGUGUGGAUCCCGAUCGUUAAGGAAAAGAUCAGACAGAACAGAUUAAUAAGGAAACUGCACGCCCGACGGUCCGCUGCGUGAUGCACGCGUUACCUUGGGUUUAUCGGACACACGCGUGGUUCAAACGGAACAUCUCCCUGCAGGGUUCUGUCCUGUCCCUUCAAUGCAUCAGCCUCACUUUAGCGGGUUAUCAGCGUUAUUACACCCGGAGCUCUUCUGGCAAUUAGCUGCGAGUUCCCACUCUUUACAUUGUCAGGUGAUCACCUCACAACCUUUAAUCCCUCACUUUCGGGAUCAUAAACCGUUUGAGGUGUCCCAACCCUCACCUUGGACCUUAAUCGGAAGAAGAUUGUUCUAAUGACCACCAUCCCUCCCUCUGA